AUCUUUGCCUCUGGUGUUAAGUCGAUCAAUUAAUCCUGUGUUGCAUACAGAAUAUUGCGUAAAAUGGGAAAAAAGAAAAAGAAAAAAAGGGAUACCUUCGUAGCCAAAUCCUCAAAAAGUACUGAAAAUGAAUCAUAUCUUCACUAUAAAUAUCUAUCCUCCAAUCUUCCUGGACAUCAGACUUAAACGCCUGCUAUAUCUAUCUACCAUUCUCUUCUCUUCUUCAAGCCAAUACGAACCAUUAGAGCUCAAUGCAUGGUCAUCAGAUGAUAUUAAUGGUGAACUCGGCAAAUGCUCCAGAUCGCAUUGACAAACCUGCAAGAAUGGACGAAUCAUCACCUGAUCCACCCUUUCAUGAAACAUACAAGACUCUCUUCAACAACUUGACUGAUACUACGCAAAAGAAUUUCCCCCAGUUCCCUGUAAUGGAAGAAGUCGAGCUACCAUUAGUCGAUCUGAACCAGUUAAACCUUGGAGAUUCCGAAAGAGAAUCAUGCAAGAAACAAAUAGCUAGAGCAUCUCAAGAAUGGGGUUUCUUUCAAGUUAUAAACCACGGGAUUUCCCGAGAAAUCUUGGAGAAUAUGAGAAGAGAACAAGUGAAGUUAUUCAAGAAACCAUUUCAAGACAAGACAAAUGGCAAAGAUUUGAACUUUUCUGCUGGGAGUUAUCGAUGGGGAGCACCAACAGCUACUUGCCUUGGUCAAUUAUCUUGGUCUGAGGCUUUUCAUGUUUCUUUAAGUGACAUUUUAGGUUCAGGUGGCCUCAAUAAUCUCUGCUCAACAAUGGAACAAUAUGCAACAACAGUGUCUGAACUAGCUCAAAAACUGGCAGAUAUAUUAGCUGAAAAAAUUGGUCAGAAGUCUAUUUUCUUCAAGGAAACAUGCCUUUCUAGCACUUGCUAUCUUCGAAUGAAUCGAUAUCCACCAUGCCCAAUGUCUUCCCAAAUGUUUGGAAUAAUGCCACAUACUGACAGUGAUUUCCUCACAGUACUGCACCAGGAUCAUAUUGGAGGUUUGCAAUUGGUGAAAGAUGGGAAAUGGAUUGCUGUUAAACCGAACCCUGAAGCCCUAGUUAUCAACAUUGGGGAUUUGAUGCAGGCUUGGAGCAAUAACAUUUAUAAAAGUGUCGAGCAUCGAGUCGUUGCUAAUGAGUUAAAGGAAAGAUUCUCCACUGCUUAUUUUCUGUGUCCGUCCUAUGACACGGUUAUACAAAGUUGCAUUCAGCCUUCUGUCUAUAGAAGAUUUAGCUUUGGAGAAUAUAGAAAACAAGUUCAAGAAGAUGUCAAAAGUUUUGGGUACAAAGUAGGACUUCCGAGGUUUCUUGUUCCAAGUCAUUAGACUCAAAUAUUCUGGAGAUUAAAGAAGGAAAUUAAAUACUAUUUGUAAAACGUAGAAAUUAAUUGUUUAUGAUAACCAUAAAUUAAGAAAAUAAUACAACAUU